GAUAUCAUACUUUUUUCUGUUUGGUCAAGUGGAACGUAUACAUAUAACACGUAUACAUAUAUAUGUGUGUAUUGAUAUAUGACUUUUUUUUUACAACCCAAGUAAAUUAUUAUUGAGUUUCAAAAAAUUACAAGUAAUCGAAAAGUUAUUGCGCUAGUAAUCAGCAGUCAUAUUUAAAAUUCUGAGUAAAAAAAAAAAAUUAACACUAGUUUUGUAUCAAAGUUAACCAGGUGAAAAUAAACCGGAUAAUAUGACUUGGUCGCGUCCUCAAGGUGAUCUAAAAAUUUGGGAUACUUUUGAAACCACUAAUUCAGCGGGAAAAAAGUUUCGGUUUAUUAUACAAGAAAUACCAGAAAAUCGAUACGAAGAAGCUUUGGAUCACUUAUGUACCAAUUAUCUGAGGUACGAAGAUAUGCGAAUGAGCCUUAAUGUAGUAAAUGAUCCAGAUUCAGUAGCUUAUAAUCGUGGAUUUUGGAAAGCAGCUCUCAAUCAGAGGAUUUCAAUUGGUGCAUUUGAAGUUAAUGAUAAUAAUCGAGUACCUACACUUGCAGGAUUAAAUGUACUGAGAGUCAUCGAUAAAGAUUCUAAUAAAAUAAAGAUGCCUAUUACUAGCAACAUGAUAGCAACCCAAAAAAUGAUUAAUUUUGUCCUAAACGCUGCCGCGGAAGUCGAUCCUUGUAAUAGAUAUGGAGUCGACUAUUUUUUAACCGGCACUGGGUUGGACAUAAAUCCUCAUUACAGCCGUCUAGGAUUAGGUACUCGGCUUUUAUUGACCAGAGAAAAAGUUGGUAGGGCGUACAAUAUACCAGUAACUUCGACAAUGUUUUCUUCAUUGUUGGCACAAAAAACCGCUGAAAAAGCGGGAUUUGUUGAUAUUUUAGAACGAGGGUGGGACGAAGUUACUGACGACCACGGAGAAUUAUUAUUUCCUGGACUCAAAGGCCUUCGUUGGAAAAUAAUGGAAAAAAAACUAUUGUAAAAAAAAUUCUUACAAUUGUCAAAACACAAUUUAUUACAAUUGAUUAUUAGUCGAUAAAUAAAUUGAU